AUGUCCCUCCCAGGAUUCCUCUCCCUCCUCCUAGGUUGGAUCUACACUGCCCUUUGGUCCCUCUCCUUCUACCCGCAAGCCCUCACCAACCAGCGCCGGCAAUCCUCUCGCGGUUUCUCCACCGACUUUGCCUACCUGAAUCCUCUAGGAUUCUGGUGCUAUUCGGCCAAUCAGCUUGCGCUUCUUCUCAAUGAGGCAGUCAGGAAGGACUAUCGGGAUGGGCAUAAAGGGUUGGACCCGACGGUCCAGUGGAACGAUGUAGCUUUUGCUGUGCAUGCUGCUAUCGUCAGUACUUUCACAUUGGGGCAGAAGGUAUGGUUUGGAGCUAGGCAAGCCAAGCAGGAGCGCGAGAGAAGGGAGUGCCUUGGCGAGCAGACGCAGGAGCAAGGCCAAGGUAGCGAGAGCGGGCAUGACGGCUCGUCGGAGGCAGCCAUUACUGAGGAAGGCUCUUCGCGUCUCCCUUCACGCCCGGCCCUCAUUACCAUCUCUCUCAUCCUCCUUACCAUCCUCCUUACCACGCUCCUGUCCCUCUCUCACGCAUUUGGCGUCCGCUCGUUUGCCGUCGUGGAUGUUCUGGCCGCAGCAAAGCUGUACAUUACCUUGACUAAGUGGAUUCCGCAGGUCGUCCUCAACUACCGACGUAAGAGUACCAUCGGAUUCAACGUGCAUAGUAUCACCCUGGACAUGGCCGGGGGCGUAUUGAGCUUUGCUCAGCUCUGCAUUGAUGCGCGAUGGAUCCAGGGAAGCUGGGAUGGCGUGACGGGAAAUCCAGGAAAGCUCGGUAUCUCGCUGUUCUCUCUGGCCUUUGACAUCAUCCUCAUGACGCAGCACUACAUCCUCUAUCGCAAUGCCAAGGAGGAUAACGUCGAGGACGAGCCUCGCGCUCAGCAGGGCAGCGACGAGCGCACGCCACUGUUGCGCGAGUAA